AGGUUAGUUUCUCCUUCAUGAAUCAAAAUCCCAAAACCCAAUCACCCAAACCCUAAUCUCCAAAUCCCCCACCCCAAUGAACCAAACUCCCUCUCCUCCUCCUUCCCUCGCCUUCGACGGCGCCUGGUAUGGCAACAUCCAGUACCUUCUCAACAUCUCCACAAUCGGUCUCUUUUGUUGCGUCUUCAUCUUCAUCUUCCUCAAGCUCCGUAGUGACCACCGCCGCAUGCCUGGCCCUGCUGCUCUCUUUUCCAAGCUGCUUGCAGUCUGGCACGAGACUAGCCGCGAGAUCGCACUGGCCGCGAGAUUGCCGUCCACUAGAAGAAGAGCAAUGACAGAGGAGAAGAUCGACGGACGAUCGGUGGAAGAGAAAUCGACGACGAGAAGAUCGACGGAAGACCCUUCUGCAGUUCUGUUGGUUCCUCCUAUUGGGUUUUGCAAUUUGCUUCCACUGUCCCGAGCUCCUAAUGAUCUUAGAUUCUUAGCGUUUUUAGUUUUUAGGCCUGGGUCUGGUUCACCGGUUCAACCGGCCGAGCCGAGCCGGGUCCAAAAACAUUGCAUUGAACAGAUCCAGCUUGACAAGCUUGCUCUACCAAAGGAUUUGAAGACCAAGCUCAGCUUAGAUGAGUAUCUGGUAUCAAGCCCCAAAGAAGCUCCCUUUGGUAUGUCACACUCAUAUUCAACUCAGAUGGAUAAGAAUCUAUCGAAGUAUACUAUGAACAACCGUAGGUUUGAUGAGAGGGGUGAGUCAACAUCUACUCUAGCAAAUCAGUCUAACUCUAAUUUUUUUUCUUCUAUUUUCCCUUUACUGGGAGUCCUUGCUCAGCUUUCCGAACAGAUUUCCUCAUUAAAUGAGAGAAUGGAUGUGUUUACAACUUGUAAUUGCAAUAAACUGGUUGCAAUAAACUGGGUAGUUCCUUCCGGUCCAAGUCUUCUCUUUGGGAUGACCUGCAAAGCCCGUGAAUUCUCGGAAUAGACACUUUAAUACUUAAAUUAACAAUUCUCUAAUCU